AAUUUAAAAGAAGAAGAUACAACCGGAAGCAUGCAACUUUAAAAACAGACUAACGCUGAAUUGAAUGUAACAAAACACGCCGUUUGUACAUCUCUAAAUGAUGAUCGCUGUUUGAGAGAGCAACAUGGAUCCGUCAGAGUCGGAGGGAGUGUGUGCACUGGGGCCCUCCUCUCCACACACUCCCAAACCCGAACUCUCUGCAGCGAUGCGGGCUAAGAUCGAGAGGAACCGACAGCAGGCGUUGAUGCUCCGGCAAGCCCGACUAGGGAGCCGCUCUUUGUCCGCCGUGGAGGGAGCAACGUCGGCCAAAGUCUCCAAGACCAUCGACUCUGGAGCCGGCUUCUUCAUCGAGGAGGAGGGUUACGGAGAGGAAGAGCAGAGGGUCAGGAAGGUUGUGCAUCAGCUAGCUCCAGUAAUAGAGCCAGACUACCUGCUGUGCGAUGACUGUCUAAAACCCUUUAUGGACUCAUACCUCAGCAACAGCUUUGACCUGUCUGUCUGUGACAAGUGCAGAGACAACGAGGAGAAGCAUAAGCUGAUCUCCAGAACUGAGGCGAAGAAGCAGUACCUGCUGAAGGACUGUGACCUCGACCAGAGAGAGCCUCCGCUCAGGUUCACCCUGAAGAAAAACCCUCACAACCCAACCUGGGGAGACAUGAAGCUGUACCUCAAAGUACAGGUGGAGAAGAGAUGUAUGGAGGUGUGGGGCUCGGAGGAAGCCUUGGAGGAAGCUAAAGAGACUAGAGAAGAGAACAAAGAGGUGCAGAAACAAAAACGCUUCAACAAGAAAGUCAAAGAGCUGCGCCGGGCGGUGAGGAGCAGCAUGUGGACCAAAGACACCAGCGUCCACCAACAUCAGUACGGACCGGAGGAGGUAGUGGAUGAGGAGGAGGACCUCUACAAGAAAACCUGCACCACCUGCGGACAGGAACUCAGCUACGAGAAAAUGUAGACGCUCAAACACACAUACACACUGAUUGUUACGGGUAUUAUUUAUUAUUAAUAAAACACACAAGGAGCCACAGUCAUUCUCUUGUGUGACACUAACAGGUCAA